GGGACAACCAGGAACUUGGGCUCAGUCUCCUCCCCGAAGCGGGGCGGGUCCGUCCGGAAUAAGACCCGCUGCCCGGCCCUGCCUGGGUGUGAUCUCCGUGGCAGCAGAGAACGGGCGCCGUCCCAUCUCGGUCUCUGGGUACAAUGCCUGGCACAUGGGAAUCUGUUAUUACUGUGAGAUCCAUGAACUGAGCCUGCGAAUGGCCCAGUCUUACUCUGUGGUCGUGGCUUUGACCAGCUGGAGACUCUGGAACCAAAGAGGUUAUUGCUUUUCAACAAUCUGCCCAACUUUAAGUGCUUCCCAAAUUGAUGAAAGUCUUCUGUAAGCUGUUGGGAGCGUGUGAGACCUGAGUAACCCACAGCUUUCAGGAAAAGAACUUCUGCUUGACUGACCGAACCGUGACCCUGACAUAGAGUCAUAAUCAUGGCAGCCAAGGGAGGCACUGUCAAAGCCACUUCGGGCUUCAAUGCUGCCGAAGAUGCCCAGACCCUGAGGAAGGCCAUGAAAGGGCUCGGCACAGAUGAAGAUGCCAUCAUCAACGUCCUGGCCUAUCGCAGCACGGCCCAGCGCCAGGAAAUCCGGACAGCCUACAAGACCACCAUCGGCAGGGACCUGAUGGACGACCUGAAGUCGGAGCUGAGUGGCAGGUUUGAGCAGGUGAUCCUGGGGAUGAUGACGCCCACGGUGCUGUACGAUGUGCAGGAGCUGCAAAAGGCGAUGAAGGGAGCUGGCACAGAUGAGGGCUGCUUGAUUGAGAUCCUGGCCUCCCGGACGCCUGAGGAGAUCCGGCGCAUAAACCAGACCUACCAGCUGCAAUAUGGGCGGAGCCUUGAAGAUGACAUUCGCUCUGACACGUCGUUCAUGUUCCAGCGCGUGCUGGUGUCUCUGUCCGCCGGAGGCAGGGAUGAAAGCAACUAUCUGGAUGAUGCUCUCGUGAGACAGGAUGCCCAGGACCUGUAUGAGGCUGGAGAGAAGAAAUGGGGGACAGAUGAGGUGAAAUUUCUAACUGUUCUCUGUUCUCGGAAUCGAAAUCAUCUGUUGCAUGUGUUUGAUGAAUACAAAAGGAUAGCACAAAAGGAUAUUGAGCAGAGUAUUAAAUCUGAAACAUCUGGCAACUUUGAAGAUGCUUUGCUGGCCAUAGUAAAGUGCAUGAGGAACAAAUCUGCAUAUUUUGCUGAAAGGCUUUAUAAAUCCAUGAAGGGCUUGGGCACCGAUGAUGACACCCUUAUCAGAGUGAUGGUUUCUCGAGCGGAGAUUGAUAUGUUGGACAUCCGGGCAAACUUCAAGAGACUCUAUGGAAAGUCUCUAUACUCCUUCAUCAAGGGUGACACAUCCGGAGACUACAGGAAGGUGCUGCUCAUUCUCUGUGGAGGAGAUGAUUAAAAUAAAAUCCAGAAAGCACAGGAAGAUUCCCUACACUUUGAAUUCUUUUUAACUUAAUUUUUCUACACUGCUAUUAGCAUUAUCUCAGAAUGCUUAUUUCCAAUUAAAACGCCUACAGAUGCCUCCUAGGAUAUAGCCUGUAUUAUUAUUCAUCUAUAAUUACCCACUAUGAUGCUUUAAAGCUGUACUUGCAUUUCAAAGCUCAUAAAACCUAAAAGGAGAUUUCAAAUUAGAAAUAAGAAUGUGCUCCAUGUUUUCAACAGAUCUCUUCCUGUUUCUGUUUCACAGAAAUUGGGCUAUAUUACAUUAUUUCAUAUUCUCUUUUUGGUGAAAACUAUUGAAGUGGAAGACCGGAAGACUGUUCUAAAACCUCUUUUAUUCCCUCAUUCUAUUGUUAGAGUGGCUAGUAAUUUCUUGAUUUGAAAUUGUCAGCAUCUAGUUAGUAAGAAUAUCUAUCCAGUUUGCUAUUUUACAGUAAUUGUUUGAAAGCAUCUACACAUCUGCUUUGUUUAGGUUUUCAUCUAAAGUGCUAGUUGAUCUUAGUACUAAGUUCAGCAUUGGAGACUCGCUCCAUCACAUCUUACAUUAAGGUCACUUAGACUCUCCAGGUUGAAGUAUAACAAACUCACUGACUUGUCUGAAUAAAUUCAACUCUGUGUGGUUAUACAGAUCAUAUAUGUCUGACUACCAAACAUAAAUGCUGGACAUUCCACAAUAUUAGGGUUAAUAAUAAUAAUAAUAUAAUAAUAAUGGUCUUAAAGCCAGCUUGAAGAUGAAUGUGAAAAAAUUAAGUGUCAAACUACAUAUUCUGGUGAUGGUGUAGUGCUCUGAAUUUACACAUUUUUGUGCUAAAAAUAAUUUUUAAAAUCAUUUUUAAUUUUGUUGAUUUGAA